UCAACUUUUUGUGUGUUCCUAAUGAGAAACUCAAAACUCCAUGCUCUUUAAGCAUGUAUCAAUAGCUCUGGAUUAGGAAAGAAGAGAUUCCCCCCAGCAGUCUGGCAAAGCAGAGAACAACCUUCCCCAGCUCACGCAAGGACAACCUACAUGCUGUGGGAGAAGCUGGCAGAAAGCUGACUGGAAAACAGCACCUGCAAAGACCAGAGCUGUGCAAACCUUUGUAGUUCAGUUUGAGAGAAGGACUAAAGCUCUUCACCUACCAAAGGAGGUGGCCUACGAAAAGAAGGACCAAAGCAUUUUCAGGACAAAAUAAAAGCCAGAUAUAAAACACAAGUCUUAAUGCUUGUUGUUGUUGUUGUAAAUGGCAAAAUGAGUUGCAAAGGCCUAUCUCAUGCAAUCUGCUUAACUGUGUGAACCAGCAGUCUUGAGAUGAAGAGGAUGGAGCAGUUCUUGCUGAAGCCAUUGUGUAUCCUAAGUUUCCUCUCUUGACCUACUUGGUGAGUCUGGUGAGAGAAGACAGCAGACCUGAAAGUAAAUGGUGAAAAUGGACCAAAGGUGACAGAGAGCAAUGACUGAGCUUUAUUUCAAAUUCCGUGGAAACCUGACGGGCCGCGUCCACUUUCCAACUCUGGCUACAGAAGCAGACACAAGAGCAGAUAAAUAUUCCAGCCUCUACAUGUACGUGGGAUUGUUCCUAACACUUCUGGCUAUACUUCUCAUAUUGCUUUUCUCCAUGCUCUUGCGCCUGAAGCAUGUUAUUGCCCCAAUCACCACGUCUCCAGAGAGCACUGAGAAUACAGUCCAGCAGUUCACAGAUGUGGAAAUGCACAGCAGGAUUCCUACCACUUAGAGACCCCAAAGCAAAAAGGCCUGUGUGCUUGUGAAACAUGUUUUGUUCUGCAAAAUGGUUGUGGAAAGAAUCUCUGCCUGUCUGUUGAGCCCUGGAACUUACUGCACAACCAUCAACAGCAGCACAGAGCAUCUGGAGAGUGUCAGGCAGCUCAGACUGACUGGCUGGGGCCCACUGGCUGUUGACACUACAUACAAUGUGUGCGCAACAGCCUCAGUAAAACUGACAUUACAGAAACCUGCUGUUAGGAAAGCCUCCUAUCCCUCCAAAAGGCCUUGCAGAAAAUGGUAAAAGCCACAACGACAGCCAAAAACCCAAAGAAACAUGUACCAGAAUGUGUUCUGGAGCC